CCCCCAUCCUUUUUAUUUUCUCUCUCUUCAUCCAUCAUUAUUUUUUUUCAUUUUCUCUCUCUAGAAGUCUAAACCCCCAUUUUUAGAGAGAGAAAGUUGUAAGUAGAGAGAGAAAGUAAGUUGUAAUCGAAGGAGAAUUUCUCACCAAUUUUUUCUUUUUUUAUUUUUAAUUUUUUAUUUUGGGAUUUGUAUGGAUCUCUUCUUCUGCUGUUGAUCUGGAGAAAUUUGAGGAGAUCACGGAAUUUCUGGGCGGAAAAACGAAAGAGCAGUUUAAGAUGUCAUCUCUAAGUAGAGAGCUUGUUUUCCUGAUUUUACAGUUUUUAGAUGAAGAAAAGUUUAAGGAAACUGUUCACAAGCUUGAACAGGAAUCUGGGUUUUUCUUUAAUAUGAAGUAUUUUGAGGAUGAGGUGCAUAAUGGUAAUUGGGACGAGGUUGAGAGGUAUCUUUCGGGGUUUACGAAAGUUGAUGAUAAUCGAUACUCAAUGAAGAUAUUCUUCGAAAUCCGAAAGCAAAAGUACUUAGAGGCACUGGACAAGCAUGAUCGAUCGAAGGCAGUGGAUAUACUUGUCAAGGAUCUGAAGGUUUUUGCUUCAUUUAAUGAAGAGUUGUUUAAGGAAAUUACUCAACUGUUGACAUUGGAGAAUUUCAGAGAGAAUGAGCAGUUGUCUAAAUAUGGAGAUACAAAAUCUGCAAGGGCAAUAAUGUUGGUUGAACUCAAGAAGCUAAUUGAAGCCAAUCCCUUGUUUCGUGACAAAUUGCAAUUUCCGAAUCUUAAGAAUUCUAGGUUGCGAACCCUGAUCAAUCAGAGCUUGAAUUGGCAGCAUCAACUGUGUAAGAACCCUAGGCCGAAUCCAGAUAUCAAGACGCUGUUUGUGGAUCACUCUUGUGGACAACCAAAUGGUGCUCGUGCUCCAUCGCCGGCUAAUAAUCCUCUAUUAGGCUCAUUGCCAAAAGCAGGAGGCUUUCCACCUUUGGGUGCACAUGGGCCUUUUCAGCCAACACCUGCUCAAGUGCCAGCCCCUCUUGCUGGAUGGAUGUCCAAUCCUUCUACUGUAACUCAUCCCGCUGUAUCUGGUGGACCUAUUGGGCUUGGUGCUCCGUCAAUGCCUGCUGCAUUGAAGCAUCCAAGGACUCCUCCUACAAAUUCUUCCAUGGAUUAUCCAUCUGGAGACUCUGAUCAUGUUGCCAAGAGAACAAGACCGAUAGGAAUAUCUGAUGAGGUUAAUCUUCCUGUGAAUGUACUGCCAGUGUCAUUUCCUGGCCAUGGUCAUACUCAGCCAUUCAAUGCACCUGAUGAUUUGCCCAAAAGUGUUGUUAGGACUUUGAAUCAGGGGUCUUCUCCUAUGAGUAUGGAUUUUCAUCCUGUUCAGCUGACACUACUUCUGGUUGGCACAAAUGUCGGAGACAUAGCAUUAUGGGAAGUUGGCUCCCGUGAAAGGCUGGUCUUAAGAAACUUUAAAGUUUGGGAGCUUAGUACGUGCUCAAUGCCUCUGCAGUCAGCUCUAGUCAAAGAUCCUGCCGUUUCUGUUAACCGUGUGAUUUGGAGCCCUGAUGGAUCCUUGUUUGGGGUUGCAUACUCAAGGCACAUUGUACAAAUAUAUUCAUAUCAUGGUAAUGAAGAUGUACGACAACAUUUAGAGAUUGAUGCUCAUGUUGGAGGAGUGAACGAUAUUGCCUUUUCUACUCCUAAUAAACAACUCUGUGUUAUCACGUGUGGGGAUGACAAGACCAUUAAAGUGUGGGAUGCUGCUACCGGUUCAAAGCAAUAUACAUUUGAAGGCCAUGAGGCUCCUGUUUACUCGGUGUGCCCACAUUAUAAAGAGAACAUACAGUUUAUUUUUUCAACUGCUGUCGAUGGAAAGAUUAAAGCUUGGUUGUAUGACAAUCUGGGCUCUCGCGUCGAUUAUGAUGCUCCAGGCCGCUGGUGCACAACCAUGGCUUAUAGUCAAGACGGGACCAGGCUUUUUUCAUGUGGUACCAGUAAAGAUGGUGAAUCACAUAUUGUUGAAUGGAAUGAGAGUGAAGGUGCUGUGAAGCGAACCUAUCAAGGGUUUCGGAAAAGAUCGCUAGGUGUUGUUCAGUUUGAUACGACUAAGAAUCGAUAUUUGGCUGCCGGUGAUGAUUUUUCUAUUAAGUUCUGGGAUAUGGACAAUGUGCAGCUGUUGACUUCCAUUGAUGCUGAUGGAGGACUUCCAGCAAGUCCACGUAUCCGCUUCAACAAAGAUGGUACACUUUUAGCAAUCUCUGCAAGUGAAAAUGGAAUAAAAAUUGUGGCUAAUUCUGAUGGCCUCCGGCUUUUACGGACAUAUGAAAAUCUUUCAUAUGAUUCCUCCAGAGCAUCUGAAUCUUUGACAAAGCCUUCAAUCAAUCCCAUUUCUGCUGCUGCCGCUGCAGCUGCUACUAGUUCUGGGCUCCCUGACAGAAGUGCCCCUAUGAUUUCCAUGGGUGGAAUGAAUGUAGAUGCUAGAAGCAUGGGAGAUGUAAAAUCGCGAAUUCUUGAGGAAACUAAUGACAAAUCAAAGAUCUGGAAGCUUUGUGAAAUCAGUGAACCAGCUCAGUGUCGUUCAUUGCGACUCCCUGAACACAUGAGAGCAGCUAAGAUUUCUAGACUGAUCUAUACAAACUCAGGUAAUGCUAUCUUGGCAUUAGCUUCAAAUGCAAUUCAUUUGCUUUGGAAAUGGCAGAGGAAUGAACGUAACGCAAGUGGGAAGGCAUCAGCUAAUGUUCCACCUCAGCUCUGGCAACCCUCUAGUGGUAUUUUGAUGACAAAUGAUAUCUCUGAUGCAAGUCCUGAAGAGGCUGUUCCUUGCUUUGCUUUGUCCAAGAAUGAUUCGUAUGUAAUGUCUGCAUCCGGAGGGAAGAUUUCCCUUUUCAACAUGAUGACUUUUAAGACAAUGACGGUCUUUAUGCCUCCACCACCAGCAGCAACAUUUCUUGCUUUCCAUCCUCAAGAUAACAAUAUAAUUGCUAUUGGCAUGGAUGAUUCUACUAUUCAGAUAUAUAACGUUAGAGUAGAUGAGGUUAAAAGCAAGCUGAAAGGUCACUCAAAAAGAAUAACUGGUUUGGCCUUCUCGCAUUCGUUAAAUGUUCUGGUCUCAUCUGGUGCCGAUGCUCAGAUAUGUGUAUGGGGCUCAGAUAACUGGGAAAAGCAAAGGUCAAAGUUUCUGCAGCUUCCUGCAGGAAGGGCACCGACAGCACCAUCAGAUACACGUGUCCAAUUUCAUCAAGACCAAAUACAUUUCCUUGUUGUGCAUGAAACUCAGCUGGCAAUUUUUGAAACAAAACAAUUAGAAUGUGUUAAGCAGUGGGUUCCACGUGAAUCUUCUGCUCCAAUCUCCCAUGCAACAUUUUCUUGUGAUAGUCAACUGGUAUACGCCAGCUUCUUGGAUGCAACUGUUUGUGUGUUCAGUGCUGCAAAUCUCAGACUAAGAUGUCGAAUUAAUCCUUCUGCAUAUCUUCCAGCCAAUGUCAGUAGCUCUAAUGUCCAUCCGCUUGUCAUCGCUGCACAUCCGCAAGAAGCAAAUCAGUUUGCGGUAGGACUUUCGGAUGGUGGUGUUCAUGUAUUCGAGCCACUUGAAUCUGAAGGAAAAUGGGGUGUACCCCCUCCAAUGGAAAAUGGAUCAGCAGGCAGUGGGCCAGCUACACCUUCAGUAGGACCAUCGGGUUCUGAUCAACAACAAAGAUGAUGCAUGAAGUUGCAGAGCAGGAGUUAGUUGUUUGCUGGCUUAUUUUCUAUCUAGGUUUAGGCUCUGGCUAUGUAUUUACUCAAGUUCGAUUGUGCAGUUAAGGUAUAUGUAUUUACUCAAGUUCGUUUAGAGAUUAAACAUGUUUGGGCCAGAGCAACAUAUGGUAUAUACAGUAGGAGUACCUAUUCUCAGGUGUUCUCUUUUGUGUUAAUGAUGAAAUAUCUUUUGAAGAAUCAAAAUUUUAUUCUCUUUCUUGAUUUGUUUUAGUUUCUA